AGUUCAUCUAUUAUAUUUAAGUGAUUAACAUUAAUAAUAAAAUUAAUAAAUAUGUAUUAUUUUCAAGUUUAACCCGUUAAUGGAAAUGGUACAAUAUGAAAAACAAAAUACACAAAUUAUGUUUUUAAAUGUAAAAAAUUAAAAAUAAUAUAUUUUAGUCAUGAAAAAAAAGUCUUAAUAGAGCUAACAGAAUUAAAGAGCUACCCUAUAGUGCCACUAAUGAGAUUGAGCAAAUUGGCUUAUUCUGUUCUCUUGUUCUACUUUAGUCUUCUUUAAGUUGGUAAGCAAUGUCCAGUUAAAGUUAAAAUUGAAUGAAGUAAAUUAGAAUUUAUUCCAACAACCAUUUUAGUGAACAUCUCCAAGCAUGCCACCAAAAGUUGAUGAAGAGACUGCAAAAUUAAGAAAAGAACUGGAAGAUUUAAUCAAGAAAAUAAAGGAAGAACAGUCAAAAGUAGCUGAUGUCAAACUGGAAGAUGCCUGUUCAAAUGUUCCUGACGCAUCAAAAGUAAGACUUACGACAAAAAAGUAUUUAAAAGGUCACAUCAACAAAGUCAAUUCAGUCCAUUAUAGUGGAGAUAGCAGACAUAUUGUCACUGGUUCUUUGGAUGGAAAACUUAUAAUUUGGGACACUUGGACUGGUAAUAAAGUGCAAGUUAUACCUUUACGAUCUUCAUGGGUUAUGAGUGUCGCUUUUGCUCCUUCUGGUAACUUUGUGGCUUGUGGAGGAAUGGAUAAUAUGUGUACAGUAUAUGAUGUUAACAAUAGGGAUAGCACUGGUGCUGCAAAAAUGACAAGGGAACUUCUGGGCUAUGAAGGAUUUCUUUCUUCUUGCAGAUUCAUCGAUGAUAAGAUGCUGAUUACUGGAUCAGGAGACAUGAAACUUUGCAUAUGGGAUGUGGAAGUUGGUAAAAAGACAAUAGAUGAGGUAGGCCAUGCUGGUGAUGUCGUCAGUAUUUCACUCGCGCCAGAUAUGAAAACUUUUGUGACCGGAAGUGUUGAUAAAACUUGUAAAUUAUGGGAUCUUAGAGAUGGGCUAAAGUGUCAACAGAUAUUUUUUGGCCACGAAGCUGAUGUUAAUUCUGUUUGUUAUUUUCCAAAUGGUUAUUCUUUUUGCACUGCGAGUGAGGACAAAACUACUCGUUUAUUUGAUAUCCGUUCUGACCAAGCCAUUUCGAUCAUGAAACCACCAUCGUCAACACCUGGUUUUACUUCUGCAGGUGUUUCUUUGUCUGGCAGAUUCUUACUAUGCGGAGCAGAUGAUAAUAAUGUUCAUAUCUGGGACUUGCUUAAAGCUCAGCACAAUGGAACAUUGCAAGGACAUGAUAAUCGCAUCACUUCCCUUUGUGUAGCUCCGAAUGGUAUGGGAAUUUCUACUUGUUCCUGGGAUCAACAUGUACGAGUUUGGGGAUAAUUUUUCAUAAAAUAGAUGAUCAUAAUUAUAGAUCUUUACUAUCAAUUAGUAUUAAGUAUAACAUUAAAUAACAGGAUUAAAUAACCAUCUCUAAUUUAUAAAAUUCAUCCUUGUUAUAAUUGUGUAAAUACUUUUUUUCAGUAGUUAAUCAUUAACGAUGUUUAUAUGUAUUAAUAUUAUUGAAGAAAUUAUGACAAAUAAAUAUGGUAGAACAUGAUACUGAUUUCUAAUUAAGUUUUUAUUUAUUGAUUUUUUCUUGCAUGAACCUGAAUUUUUAAAAAUUUAAGCCAGAUUAUUUUGUCCCGAAAAAGUAUUUAAAAAUAUGACUCCUUAACCAGCUAUGUAAUUAGAGAGUUUUUAUUUAGAUUAUUAUUGUAAAUUUAUGCCUGCUGUAUGUAUAUUAAAGAGGGAAGCUACACACAAUACUUUAAGUCCUUUAAGAAAUGUGUUUGUAAAUAUUGAAAAAUACAUAUAAUAUAGUGAUAGAGCAUUAGCAAUAAUUAUACAUUUUUAUAUUCAUAAUUUUUAUAUAUAAUUUUUCUGCUUUUCUAUUUUUCUUGUAUUGUAUUUUUUGUUCCAUUCACAUCAUAAUAAUGCGUUUUAUAUAAUAAAAAACUUCAAAUCCUCAAAUAUUUAAAGUACAUGAAAUCUAAGAACAAAAUAUAAACAGUAAUAUAAUUAUUUAAUAAACUAUAAACACAUGCAUUUAAAAUAUUGCAUGAAGUGAAGAUUAGGUUAAAACAAUAAAACAUUUCCAUUUGCUAAGGUAAUAAGUGUUAAAGAAAACUGGUGGGGAAGGAGAUAAGGUUACAUCAUGAGUUGCUUGCGCUUAGCUCAUAUUAGUAAGUAUCUUAUAUGUUUCAGUUUUGAACAAUGUUCCCAUCUUCAAAACUUCCAUUCAAGAAA